AUGCCUCAAAAAAAUCAGCCCAACCCAUCAUCCAAUCAAUAUAUAACCCAUCACAACCCUUCUAUUCUAGGGUUUACAGCAUCAGCCGCUUGAAGAACAAGAUCUUCUUCACCAUGAGUCUGGUAGCAAAUGAAGAUUUUCAGCAUAUUCUUCGUGUGCAGAACACGAACGUUGAUGGCAAGCAGAAGAUCAUGUUUGCUAUGACCUCGAUUAAAGGUAUUGGUCGUCGGUUUGCGAAUAUUGUCUGCAAGAAGGCUGAUGUUGAUAUGAACAAGAGGGCGGGAGAACUUUCAAGCGCCGAGAUUGAUAAUCUGAUGACAAUCGUCGCUAAUCCUCGACAGUUUAAAAUCCCAGAUUGGUUUCUUAACAGAAAGAAGGAUUACAAGGAUGGCAAGUACUCUCAAGUCACUUCUAACGCCCUUGACAUGAAACUUAGGGAUGAUCUCGAGAGAUUGAAGAAAAUCAGGAACCACCGUGGUCUUCGUCAUUACUGGGGUCUGCGAGUACGUGGACAGCACACCAAGACUACUGGUCGUCGGGGUAAGACCGUCGGUGUGUCAAAGAAGCGAUGAGCUUGUUUUGGUUUUAGAAAGUCUUUGUUUUUCAUCAUAUUUAGAAUGUUUUGUUAUAUUUUUUGGAUGUCGUAGAUUCUAGGAUUCCUUUACAAGAGCGUGUUGUUAGAAAGUUUUUACAUGUUCGGAUUAUGUUAUAAGUUUUGUUAAAAAGUUCGUAUUUGUCGUAAAUCUUUUAAAACAUGUUUAGAUAUUUGAUUUUAUAUUACUAAAA